AUGGUGCGUCUCUUUGUCUUAAUUUUCUUUCUUCGAGUUUCGACAUCCAUUUUUGAAAACUGGAUGAGUGACUCGGAUAACCACAUUAGGUACUACACAAAUGGUAAAUGCAUUGUGACCGAUUGCAAAACUGGCUUUGAUGUGAAGCAAGAAAACACGUUUUUGUGGUUAGGGAAGUAUACUUACACAUACACAUUCAGUGGGUCCUGUUGUUUUAGUGGCCGAGACUAUUAUUACAUCGACCCAUAUUCUUCGGAGUGUUCCAAAGUAGUAGAAAUUCAGUCGACAUCGACUCUCAAAAUUCUUCAUAUCUUAGAGUCUUCUCCCCAAGUGAAAUGGACGUACAAAUUACAAGAGUCGAAAAACAAUGCCAUUAUUUCUAUUGAAAACACAAGAAAUAGCAUAGACAGUGGUUAUGAGACUACUGUCCAAAUCGGGUCAUUUCCAGUGUAUUUAAAAAUCCAGUCUUUUGAAAUUCUACAUAUCGAUUUUAUUAAUACUCAAAGACCAUAUUUCUAUAUAGAAGCUACCACACUAACACAAGACAUUAAUAUGAUGGACACAGUCACUGGAUGUGUAUAUGCCUUCUCUGGUGUUGGGUUGGAAUUGAGUGUAACAAGUACCGGAUUGUUUCCAAUCUGUGAAAUAGGGAGGUAUAGAAGAUAUACACAAUGUGACACUAAUACAACACCAGUACAGUCUUGUAUGUGUUUUAUCAACGCUCCGUACUCAGUUGUCAAUUUUAAAGACUUCACAAUGAACUACCCCGAUUGCACUAAAAAUUCAACCAUCUUCAAGUUAACAAUUUUGUCUAACCAAACACAAAUCACAUUUGACAACACUUCUCCGUCGACUUGGGGUGGUCUCGUCUUUCAACAAAGACAAGACGAAGACAUUGUUUUGAUAUUCGACAAUAGUGUUAUAAUUCAAUCAACAACAACACUCCCACCUUUAAGAGUAACGUUAAAAGGAAGUGUUCAAUUUGAGAAUAUUGUAUUUCCACAGACAAAGUACAUUCACAUAUUGAGUGGCAUGGCAUAUAAAAGUGCAAACUUUUCAAAUCAAAAUGGUAAAAUAGUCUUUUUAAGUCGUUCAAGUCAAUAUGACGGUGUUAAAUUACUUUGUUUGAAUGGUGAAAGAAGUCGGUAUGGACUUAACACUGAUGUUGGAUGCGUUUGUCGUUUUGAGGGAAAUGUUUAUUGGGCGGAUGAUUGCGAAAGAAGUUCUCUUAUGCCAGACAAUACCCUCCACCUUAUUAUCAGUCAGAAGGAGGUAUACAAUGCCAAAGAAGGUGUUUAUUUUUCAAAACUUGUAGCUGAGAAAGACAGCUAUCUUUUAGGGACAAUGACUGCUCAAAGUUGUAUAUUUGAAGGAGGUGUCAAAGUGUAUGGAACUGUUAUAUGUGACUCUAUCGAAUUUGUCGGUGAUAUUAGUGUGUUAGAGAGUGGUCUAAUAACGAGCAAGUCUGUGAUAAUGAAUGGCAGUGGUACCAUACUCGGGAACAUUGAGUCGGACUAUUUCAUAAUAACAGAAAACUCUGUAUACACCAUAGCAGAUGAACUUGAGACAUCCAUUUCAAUAGUGAUGGGAAAGAAUUCGAACUUAAAUAUUGAAGAUCACGUCGAAGUGAAACAAAUUGAUGUAUUAGGGAGUAGCACUUUGCAAACAAAAACAUGUGUAUUAGAUUCUGUUAAUGGGACUGGACUUUCAAUAAUUUCAGACGAAAUAAUAGUACAUGCAAUUUCGUUUGAUGUUGCUCAAAUUACAACGUCUACUCCAAUGACUAUUGGAGAGGAAGUAAAAACGCUUUAUAUUGGUGCAAUUACUUACAAUAGUCACACUGAACGGUUUCUCUUAUUUGAUAAUACAACUAAUGAAAUUCUUAUAAGUCGCAUUCCGACAUGUGUGCAGUGCAGCAAUGUCGUUUUCUUCUUUGCUGAUGAUCGAAUAAUUAAUGGGAUAGCAACGGACCAAUACUCGUGCGAUAGACAAAUAGUUGUUAUUGGACAAACAAGCGAUUUCGUUGGAUGUCAAGUACUUGAACUUGACAAUAAAAUAUGUUUUUACUCCACAAAAGAAAGGGUUGCAUAUUCAUGUCCGUGUUUUGGUGAUACAACUGUGACGUGUGUACUUGUAAUAGACUCUAUGGAUUAUACAAUUGAAGCAAAUAAUUAUCCCAACGAAAUUUUUAUAUUGACUGCAAACAAGUUGACAACAAACGACAAAAUAUUUGUACUCUACGUCUCGUCUUUGGUGACACUUUCUGGUAAUAACAACGCAAUAACUUUGGAAAUGGUAAUUCCUGUUACUACCGCCAAUUUAAAAAGUGGAAGAAACAAGAAACUAAAUUUAAUUAAACAAGAGGAACAACCCAAACUUAUUGUUGAAGGAGCAAACCUCAUAUUUUCAGAAGAAGGAAAUUGGAUGGAUUACACGGAGAGUAAAACAAUUGUUUCUUCAGAAAACGGGACGUGUAAAUUAAUGCACACAUACUACGAGUUUUUGAUUCAUCUAAAGUUUGACUGUGUGAUAUGUAGACAUAAGAGAGAAAAUGGAAUCUGUGUCAAUGCGGACGCAAGCACUAUUCCACAUUGCCAAAGUAUUUCGCCAAAAGACCAAAAAUUGUGUGAAAAUUGUGAAUAUGGAUAUUUCUUUAAUGGAGAUGAAUGCAUUAAAUGUCCCGCUAAUUGCAACAUAUGUGAUAGCCCUACACACUGUUUAUCAUGUCAAGAAGAUUAUUUGUUAGGUGUCUUAGACGCAACAACAACUUCAUGUAUUGAACAAACAAAUUGUGUUAAUUCGCGUGGUGGGGUCUGUUCUAUUUGCCCCAAAGAGACUUACUUGAAUGAUGGGAAGUGUGAGUUGUGUAACACAACGCAUAUUGGGUGUAUACAAUGCACUUCUGGUACAACUUGUGACAUCUGUGAUGUGUCUCUUAAUUACACAAAAAGAAAUGGGAAGUGUGUGAAGAUUUCUGGUUUUGUGAGUGAAGAUACGAUUCUCUCUUGUGAUGUAGGGUAUUAUGAUACUUCCGAAAAUUGUGUGAGUUGUUCCCUCACGAGAAAUUGUGAAACGUGUAACACGACAAGUUGUUUGUCGUGUAUUACAAAUUACAUUCUAACGAAUGAAAAUACAUGUGUCCCAGUUGCUUCGUUCAAUUAUACAUGUGAAGUGAUGAACUCCCGUUGUAUUUCUUGUUCGAAUUCUAAUUAUAGUGUAAAUGGAUAUGAAUGCGGGCAAUGUGGUUCUGGAUGUUCUUCGUGUGACAACAGCAACAAUUGUAUAUCAUGUGAUGACCAGUAUUACCUCACAAGUGAAUAUAACAAGGUGGGCAAAUUGAAGGAUGUAUGUUCUUUAACACAAACAGUUAAACAUUGUUUGAAGUACUUUGAGGGUCGCUGUGUUGAAUGUGAGGAUGAAUUCUUCUUAACAAAUGGCAACUGUGUUGCGUGUAUAAGUCCGUGCAAAACGUGUGUAAAUUCCAAUGAUAAAUGUGUUGAAUGUCUCAAAGGAUUUAUUAAAAGUGGCGAUACGUGUUAUUCUAUUAAAUACGAUUUGGCAAAUUGUACUGAGUAUUACCAACAGUAUUGCAAAAAGUGUGUAGUUGGAUAUUAUGUGACACAAGACUUAAAGUGCGCAAAAUGCCCAGAAAAUUGUGAAACGUGUUAUCAGUCCACUGUAUGUACAAAAUGUGCAUCAAACUACUUUAUCAAUUCUUCCCACUUGUGUUCUACUAAUAAAGACAUCCACAAUUGUAAAGAGAAUUCUGUUGGUGUUUAUGGGUGUACCGAUUGUGUCGAUGGGUACUUCAUUGAUCAGAGUAACAACAACAAUUGUGCGUUGUGCAAUUCGACGCUCGCAAAUAAAAAUUGUACUUCGUGUGACAAAAAUGGGAUAUGUACAAAAUGUGAGAGCCUUUCCAUUUUAUCAAACAACAUGUGCACGUAUUACAGAGAUGUUGCCCAUUGUGUUGCUGUAUAUAAUUCACAAUGUAUUAUGUGUGACUGGUGGUAUGUAAUCAAUGCAAGCGCAACGGGCUGUGAAAAACAGCCAAAAUGGGAAAUUUUUUUGAUCAUCUUUCUAUUUGUAUUUGAAGUGUCGAAAAUCGUUGUGAUCUUUGGCACUGCCAUUACCAAGAAAAUAGUGAAGAGAGUGUAUUGGACAAAAAUGGAGUACUUUGAUCGAGAAGUGAAGACCAAAUUUAAGAUGAGUCACUCCAAUGUGAAGUUUUUAGAACACCCGGGGUCUGACAUCACAUUUUCAACGCGCACAUUGACCUUUGGAAGUGAAAUGGAGUGGGUCAAAGUCAAUGUCGAAACAAAGGAGAAGUUUUGUAUAGGAAAUUGUUCUCGUAAAUUAAUAAAGAUAAACAUAAGUGUGAUAGAAAACAACGAGAAGUAUGAAUUUAAAAUAUCACCAACAAAUGUCAUUCUUUGCCCCGGUGAAGCUUGUGAAUUCGAAGGAACAAUUCUCCCAAAAUGCACAAGUAAAAUCACUGAGAAGAUAUCAGUUGAAAUAAUUGGUCUUCUGAGUAAUACUUCAUCCACUGAAGAACUCAAAAUGGUGGUGGAGACUGAGAUUUCUACCCGCCUCGACCCCGACGAAUUAAAGACUGAAAAGAAGUUAGGUGAAGGCUCUUUUGGUGUUGUAUUUCUUGGCUUUUACAAAGGCAAUAGAGUUGCAAUCAAGAAGUUAAAGAUCACACAAAUUAAGAGUGAGUCGGAACAAAUGAAAGAGUUUGAGCGCGAAGUCGCCAUGUUGGACAAAUUUCGGAGUGACUUCAUUGUCCAUUUUUUCGGCGCGUGUUUUCUCCCCACAAAGAUCUGUAUGGUCACCGAAUUUGCUGAAUAUGGAAGUCUCAACGAUUUAAUGAAAAGAAGUAAAUGUGAUUUGGCAGACACUGCUCUCUAUGUAGAGAGUGAUACUCCAAAUCUUACUGAAACACCCUUGGAGUCACCGAGUGAAAGUGAUUCGAAGAAAGCAAUACAUGUGCCGUACUUAAUUCGUGUCAAAUUCUUGUUUGAUGCAGCACGAGGAGUUGAAUAUUUACACAAGAAUGGGAUUAUGCAUCGAGACAUCAAACCCGAUAACAUCUUAGUCAUCACAAUCGAACGCAAUGUGAAUGUCAAUGCCAAAUUGACUGAUUUUGGAUCGUCGAGAAAUACAAGUUCAUUUGUGAAUAUGACCUUCACCAAUGGCGUCGGAACUCCAGCCUUUAUGGCUCCUGAAAUUUUGAGAAGGGAAAAGUACCAAACGCCCGCAGACAUCUAUUCCCUUGCAGUGACUAUGUUCUCGGUGUUGAAGUGGACAGAACCAUUUGAUGGAGAUGAUUUUAAAUACCCCUGGGACAUCGCUAAUUUCGUGUCUGAUGGAAAAAGACUUGACAAGCCAAGUUACUUGUCUAAUGAAAUUUGGAGCGUUAUAACAAAGGCUUGGGCACAUCAACCGGACACAAGAGUGAGUGCAAACACUGUUGUUGAAAUGCUUGAAACGUAUUACGACAAAAUUAAUAAUAAAGGAAAUACAAGUGUACAUACAAACCCUAUUUCAAACAGCUCAAUUACGUUACCUGAAAGUGAGUCAACCAAACUCGACACUCAAAUUGUUAUCGAUAAAGACAAACGUUCAAGUGAAAGGAGUAAAAACUCUGAGACACGUGUAGAUGUGGUUCAAAAAAAGAAAGAAGAAGUUGUUCAGAAUGUAUCAAAUGAAAGUGUUCAUCAACACGACAAUGUAAAUGGGUCUGUCGAAGAGAGUCAAGAUGUGUCCAAAAACAUUUUAAAACCUUCACAUUCAGACUCUUCCUCUCACGAACACUGUACUGAAAGAAGUGAAGACUCGCAAAAAACGAACACUUCAUUAGAAGGGUGGUGA